GUAAAUGGAGUGAUUAAUUUUUGUGCUCGACCCUAAUUUAUUAUUAUUACAGGCUCAGAAUCGCUGUUGGCCAAAAUUUGCAGGGUGGCCUGAUUUUUUGUCCACCACCGCCUUCUUCGUCCGCCCCUGUUGAUUCUCUCCGCCGCUCCUCCGCUCCUCCGCAGAGACCCACAAAUCUCUUCUUCCUCUAACUUUUCCACCAAUCUCAAUCUCCUCGAAUUCUAUCUCUCAUCGAUCAACGAUUCCAAAAAACACUGCAUCCAUCCUUUCCCGAUCCGUCGUUGUCCAUGGCGAACGAGCAAGUGCCUCCUUCUCCAUCGUCUUCCUCUGCUUCUGUCGCCUCCCCUUUGGGCAACUCCGUCAUCCCAAUAGUGAACAAGCUUCAGGACAUUUUCGCUCAGCUGGGCAGCCACUCCACCAUUGAGCUCCCUCAAGUUGCUGUCGUUGGUAGUCAGAGCAGUGGCAAGUCGAGCGUACUAGAAGCUCUCGUCGGUCGCGAUUUCCUGCCGAGGGGUUCUGAUAUCUGCACGCGGCGGCCAUUGGUGCUUCAGCUCGUGCAGACUAAGACUGACGAGGAGUAUGGGGAGUUCUUGCACCUACCGGGGAAGAAAUUCUACGACUUCUCUGAAAUUCGGAGGGAAAUUCGUGCUGAAACUGAUAGGGAGGCUGGUGGUAAUAAAGGUGUCUCAGACAAGCAAAUUCGUCUGAAGAUCUUUUCACCAAAUGUUCUUGAUAUAACUCUGGUUGAUCUUCCUGGUAUAACCAAAGUUCCAGUUGGAGAUCAACCUUCUGAUAUUGAAGCUCGCAUUCGUACAAUGAUUAUGUCAUACAUCAAAGUUUCAAGCUGUUUGAUUCUUGCCGUUACACCAGCAAAUUCUGAUUUAGCUAACUCAGAUGCUCUUCAGAUCGCUGGAAAUGCUGAUCCUGAUGGUCUUAGAACGAUUGGGAUAAUCACAAAGCUAGACAUAAUGGAUAGAGGCACUGAUGCACGUAACCUUUUGAAUGGAAAAGUGAUUCCAUUGCGACUUGGCUACUUUGGUGUUGUGAAUCGAAGUCAAGAGGAUAUUUUGCUUAACCGGAGUAUUAAAGAUGCACUUAUAGCUGAGGAGAAAUUUUUUCGCAGCCAUCCAGUAUAUGAUAGUCUGGCUGAUCGCUGUGGUGUUCCUCAGUUGGCAAAGAAGUUGAACCAGAUUUUAGUGCAACAUAUAAAUGCAAUUCUACCUGGGUUAAAGUCACGCAUAAGCUCUGCACUAGUUUCAGCUGCCAAGGAGCAUGCUAGUUAUGGAGAAAUCACGGAGUCAAAGGCUGGUCAAGGAGCUCUUCUUCUGAACAUUUUAUCAAAAUAUUGUGAAGCAUUUUCAUCAAUGGUUGACGGGAAGAAUGAAGAAAUGUCAACAUCUGAACUCACGGGUGGAACUCGUAUUCACUAUAUUUUUCAAUCAAUCUUUGUGAAAAGUCUAGAGGAAGUGGAUCCUUGUGAGGACUUGACUGAUCUUGACAUCCGAACUGCUAUCCAGAAUGCAACUGGUCCUAAAUCUGCUUUAUUUGUUCCCGAGGUUCCUUUUGAAGUUCUUAUUCGCAAGCAAAUAGCUCGGUUAUUAGAUCCAAGCCUUCAGUGCGCAAGGUUCAUAUAUGAUGAACUAAUAAAGAUUAGCCAUCGUUGCAUGGUAAAUGAACUACAAAGAUUUCCAGUUUUAAGGAAACGGAUGGAUGAAGUGAUGAGCAAUUUUUUGCGAGAAGGCCUUGAACCCUCAGAGAUUAUUAUAGGGCAUAUUAUUGAUAUGGAGAUGAACUACAUAAACACUUCACACCCAAAUUUUAUUGGUGGGAGCAAGGCUGUUGAGAUUGCAUUGCAACAAGUCAAAUCCUCUAGGGUUUCCCUGCCUAUCUCCAGACAGAAGGUAAAGGAGGAUAGUGUAGAGUUUGAUAAGGCAACGUCAUCAGAGAGAAGUUUGAAAACUGUUGGGAUUCUGGCAAGGCAAGUAAACGGGAUAGUAGCUGAUCAGGCUGUUCGUCCGUCGGCAGAAGGUGAAAAAGGAGGCGCAGGGGGUUCCACUUGGGGGAUUUCAUCUAUUUUUGGCAGUAAUAGCAGUGAUAACCGUACUCAUGUUAAAGAAAAUUCAUCAAAAAAUUCAUUUGGUGAGCCUUUGCAUAGUGUGGAGCAAUCUUUCUCAAUGAUCCACUUGAGAGAGCCGCCGCCUGUAUUGAGACCCUCAGAAAGCCUUACGGAGCAGGAGGCUAUUGAAAUUGCUAUAACUAAACUGCUAUUAAGAUCCUACUAUGACAUUGUUAGGAAGAACAUACAGGAUUAUGUACCUAAGGCGAUCAUGAACUUCCUGGUAGUCCAUGCCAAACGAGAUUUGCACAAUGUAUUCAUCAAAAAACUUUACAGAGAGAACCUGUUUGAAGAGAUGUUGCAGGAGCCUGAUGAGGUGGCAAUGAAGAGAAAGCGUACUAGGGAAACUCUUCGUGUACUUCAGCAGGCUUUUCGGACAUUGGACGAACUACCUCUGGAGGCUGAAACCGUUGAAAAGGGAUACAAUGUGGGUGCCGAUCCAACAGGACUACCGAGGAUCCAUGGAUUGCCAACAUCAUCGAUGUAUUCUACAUCCAAUUCCAGUGAUUCAUAUUCUGCUUCUCCAAGGCAUCUGAAAUCCCGUAAGUCGUCUCAUUCAGGGGAACUCUUGUCUCCAUUCCAUCCUAAUGCUGAUUCUAAUGGAAAUGGAUUCCCAUAAACGCCAGGAAAUUAUACGUCUACCGAUCUGUAAGAUUUCGAAUGUGCAUAAGAGACACCGAUCAUUACCGAAUGAAGGCAAUAUAUUUGAUUUACUGCUUGACCAGAUUUUGGAGUUUUACCAUCCACAACUGAAUUGUUGGGGCGCUAGUUCUUUCUACUAAGAUUAAAUCCAAGAUAUAAACAUCUUUUCUCUACACAUCCUCCUGUGUACCUUGAUAUAUUUUAGUAUUAGAUUGCAUUAUUUAUGAAGCUGCUAUUAGAAUAAAUAGGAAGCAGAGGAACUAGUCAUUCCAUUUUUGGAAGUCAGCUGGUUGUAAAAAUAUAUUGCCAGUGAAAUUGUUCAGAUUUUGGAAUCAAUGUCUAAUUUUGGCAUCUCCUAUAGUUCAUCAGUUGUAAUUUUCCCUUUUUCUGAUUCACUUCAUAUCUGUAACUCUGCUGCUCCAUAUCAUAUCUUAUUGAGGGGAUUUGUAUGUUUGGAUAUUAGUUGGGGCUUUUCAGCCCAAACUUCUGUAAUUGCAUUUUUGAGGUGAUCUUGUGUCACUAAAUAAUGAGCUGUUUUCAAUUCCACCUACGCAAUACAGGAUUGAUUCCAA